AUGGAUGUUGAGGCUUUUCGAAAAAAUGGAAAGGAAUUAAUUGAUAUAGUAGCUGAUUAUUGGGAAUCCUUGGAUAACAAUAAAUGGGAAAAGCCAUUACCUGAUAUCAAACCUGGCUUUUUGCAAUCUUUAAUACCCGAGGAGGCACCUGAAGAACCGGAAAGUUGGCAACAGAUUUUUGCUGAUAUUGAACCUGUUGUUUUGAAUGGAAACACACAUUGGCAUCAUCCUAACUUCUUUGCUUAUUUUUCCACUGCUUGUAGCUAUGCAGGUGUCAUGGGUGAUAUUCUUAGUACGGGAAUUGCAUCAAUUGGAUUCACUUGGAAAUCAAGUCCAUCAAUGACUGAACUUGAAAUGGUGAUGACCGACUGGUUGGCAAAAGCUAUUGGAUUACCUCACCAAUUUUGGAAUUCUGAUCCAGGGCCAGGCGUUGGAAUGAUACAAAGUACUGCAAGUGAUGCAACACUAGUAGCAUUACUUGCAGCUAGGGCUAGAGCUGUUAAGAAGCUAAAGUCACAGAAUAUUCAACUUGGUCAAUGGGAAAAAUUUUUGAAAACUCCAUUUAUUAAAGCACUUGGGCAUCAACUAAGUGAAGUUGGUGUAUCAUUGAGGAGCAACUUGCCCAAAUUUAAUGGGAUGAUUAAUGGAGGGCAAAAAGUUGAACAAACAACAAAAAAUCCAAUCGGCGAAGUAACAAUCUUUGAGGCACAUGAUUCAGCUUAUUUUGAUAGAUUAGUAGCUUAUUGCUCUGAUCAAGCCCAUUCUUCAGUAGAUAAAGGAAUAAUGUUAAUUGGUGUUAAAAUAAGAAAAUUGCCUACAUCCAAAAAUAAAUUGGGAAAUUUCUCCUUGGAAGCUUCAAUACUUGAAAAGGCUAUAAAUGAAGACCGCUCAAACGGUUUAAUUCCCUUUAUUCUAAUAAUAACUGUGGGUACAACAAAUACAUGCGCAGUUGAAUCAAUUAGAGAAUUAGGUCCAGUAUGUGAAAGGGAAGGUAUUUGGGUGCAUGUAGAUGCUGCUUAUGCUGGCAGUUUUCUUCUCUGUGAAGAAUUUGCUUAUCUGGCAGAUGGUGUUGAAUUUGCUGAUUCUUUUAAUUUUAAUGCUCAUAAGGCAAUGAUGAUUAAUUUUGAUUGUUCUCCAAUGUGGUCGGUUGAUAUUUUGGUAGUAUAGGGUGAAAAUAAUUUGGGGUA